AUGUCGGUCCCCGCCCCACCCGCCCAGCCGCAGCCCGCGGACGUCACCUUUGAGUCGCACCGAAGCGGCGCGCAGCGCGUGGUGAUGUGCCCUAUCGAAUUCGGCGCCUCCCCUGCAAUCCAGCCGCGGCAGCUUGAGAAGCACGCCGGGCUCGGGGUUAAGCUGCAACACUUGCGCCAGCGACACCUUUACACGGGGGAGGUGGUUCGCGCCGGCGGCACCUGCGACUGUGGGAACAGCAGCAACGUCUUCAUCCCGCACGGGGUCGGCACUUUGGCGUGUCUGUUGUACGCCAAGUCUGGCACCGGUGGCGGCCUGGCGGGGAAGUCGGCUGCCCCGGUUGGUUUACCGCACGCGCUGGUGGUUCGCGAGUAUGGCGAGGUGGAGGAGCUGCGGGAUGCCGUUCUGCUCACCUUUUCCACGUACACGGGCUCCUUCAGCCACGGCAGGCGGCAGGGGAAGGGGCGGCUCACCGUUCACCCCCACUACUACAUAGACUGCCACUGGGACGGUGACGCUCCGCUGUUAGACCGCACCCCGUGUGUGCUUUGCUGCCACCCCUCGGCCGGCGCCCCGCCAGCGCUGGCGAGGGAGCAGGCAAACCCAACACGCGUGGGUGCGACGGCAGGCACGGAUGCCGACGCACGCGGGACAACACAAUACAUUGGCAUGAUCUCCUUGAUUUCGUCGGAGUUGACGCCGCACCGAGGAUCGUUUGCAGGGCUGGCCUGGGCAGAGCAGGCGCGUUUUGUUCCAGACGGGGUAGGGGAGAUGCUGUACCCACAGGGUAGUCGCUACUGUGGAUUCUGGCAGUGUGGCCAACGCCACGGCUUCGGCGUGGAGUACGACCCACACGUAGGCACCGUUUACAUGGGCGGCUUUGUGGAUGAUCAUCGUGACGGCUCAGGCACGCUGCACUACUGCGCCACAGGAGUGAUGUUUUCCGGGAGCUGGAAAAGGGGGGAGCUCACGGACACCUCCAACGCCGUCCUGCCGACCUCCCCGUUUGUUCUGCAAGGGGCACUUUGGAAAAGCUACGAGCAAUGGUCCUUCGCCCACGGCACCCUGAUGCGCGCGCCUGUUUCCCUCAGCGGGAUUUGGGAGCCGCUCUUUCUCAGCUUUGAUGAGAAACUCGCCUCCCUCUCCUGGGAAGAAGAGGGGGCGGCGGUGCCUAACGAGGAAAGUGAUGACGCGGACGAAAGGUUCCUCUCGCUCCUCGCCAGCAUGAUGCAGAGUGCGGAGUUCAAGGCCCUCUUGGUGCCAUUCCAGCGGUGCUAUUAUUUUUUGUACAAGUCGUGUGUGGGGCGGCGACGGAGGGAACCGAACGGGCACGCUUCGUUGACGGCAACGGGGCACUCUCGCUUGCAGAGGCCGUGUUUUAGUCUCCCCGCAUCCGCGUCUGGAAGCGCGCCGGUGACCCGCAGUUCGUUGCUGACGACAGUCGACGAGGAGAGUCGCCCGCAGUCCAUCCCGCGCGAUGGGCCGCACAGCCACUGGCCGAGCCUGCGUCGCUCCCGGCGCCAGCGGCUGACACCGCUGCUCCUGCACCUGCGCGAGCUUGGCCACGAACGCCGUCAGGGGGCUGCGGCGGCGCCAGAGGGCGGCUGCUGGUCCUGCCCGUCGUGGUGCGCUGAGAUGGGCGUGGGCGGCGGCGAGGAGGGUGCGGAGGACGCGGUUAGCUGCUUUCAUACAGAGAGCUUGGCGGAGGGCCUCGCGACGCGCAUGUCGCCGACCAAGCUGUUUGAGCGUGCGAUGCACGACCUGGCCUCCUUCGUCUCUUCCGUGCGGCUGCGGCUACUCUCGUACGUGGCGGCGCAUCCGUCGGCGUGCGACGUGUCCGUGAGCAAACGCGUCCUUGCCGUCUGCUGGGACUCCGCCUACGCGCUGGUGGCCCCCGUCAUCCACGAGCUCGCGGCGGCGGCGGAGGCGGACGCUGUCGUGGCCGCGGCGUUGGCCGUGCAGCGAUGUGCCUCGCUCACCCGCCAGGAUUUUGUUCCGACGGCGCCUGCAAAUAACUUCUGCGGCAGUGACGCGGAGCGAGCGACGACGGAGCACCUUGCGGGUCUGUUUAGGUCGCCCACCCGCCACAGCCGGCGUGCCGUGGAGCAGACGACAAACGGGCAGCUGCUUUGCUUCGGUCCACGCGUUGGUGGCAGGGAGGAUGCCCCGGCCGUGCACUUUUCGCCGGCGGGUAUUUUUGCCGCCUUCGCGUCUGCGUGCACCCACGCCGUGGGUUUGUUUCCACGCAACGCCUUCCUGCAGGAGCGGUGGGUGAGCUACAGCGUUCUGGAGGCCUUCAACCACGCGGAGGGCGCCCAUCCGCGUGACGCACUCAGCCCACCCGCCCUACUGCGGAUACUGCAGUUCCUUGCCGCCGAAGUGAACCCACGCUACCCCUUUCCCGGCGCAGCGGGGGACACCCGCGGCGACGCAAGCGGCCCCGCCGGAGGCACGGCAGAGGUGGUGGACUCCUGGCUUAACUCCAUCACGGCCUCGUGUGCUGCACCGAAGGCGGCCACGGAAGUGCUCUCGCUGCUUGGCGAGGCGCGUGCUGGCGUGGCUCGCUUGCAGAGCGUCUAUCCCACGAUUCGGCUUAACUACUGGCCUUCCUUUGCAGUCGACUUCAUUGACGUGGAGAGUGGCAGGCAGAGUAUUGUGUACCCGCUGGAGGAGUUGGCAGUCCGCACGCGAUUUGUGCUUCUGGCCGCCGCGGAAUUGCUGCAGCGACGUCCUCCGCCACGCGGGGAGGAAAGAGCGCGUGAUUGGCGUAUAGGCAACGCUGCUGCUGGUGGUGGUGGUGCGGCUGCGGCGGGGGUUCAGGCCGAGGCCAGGACUGCAGCCGCGGGACCGAAGGCAGAUGGGUUCACGCAGUGGCUUCUUCGUCUCCCCGUCACCGUGAUGCUGCAGGCGCUGCGGCAGCAGGCGGACGCCGACGUCAAGGAGGUGCCGACUGCGCAGGAAGACGCGUUGGCGCGCGCCGGCGAGCAGCGGCGAGGGCCGGUGCCGCCGCUGCGCGUCCCGCCCUCGGAGGUGCUGCCUUGGAUUGUGGAGUGCAUUGGGGGGAUGUUGGAGUCGCCGAACUUCCCGUCCGCGACGGCGAGUUCGCUGGCGCCAAGGCAGACCUCCGUGCAGGCGCAACCGCUGCAGCAGCCGCCCACGCCUGGGACGGGGGAGCGGCACGUGGAUCCUGCGGGCCCAGAAGGCGCCACCGCAGCGGAAGUCCUGCUGGGAGGCGCCACCGCAACUCAAGCGGUGGGCACUGACGCCGCUGCGCAAUCUCUCGAAUUCCAGUGGAAACACUUUAUUCCCAUCACUACGACUACCUCCAGCAGGAGUGGGACUCUGUCUUUGGGCGAUGCGGCGGACGGUCCGACUAGCGCGUCCGCGUCGGCCGCUGCAGCCGCGCCAGAGUUGCUUUCAGAAGGCGAAAAGCUGCAUGUCUCCCUGCUGCAAGGUCUUCUCUCGGAUGUUGGGGUUGGCAUGCAGCUGCGCAUGUGUCUCUGCUAUGACACGGAGGAUGACGUGGCUUCCGCGGCCCACGCCCAGCAGAAGCGCUCUCUAGCAGGCGCAGAAACGGCGAGGUGCUGCGUCGGUAAGGAGGCGGUUCUCUCGCUGCAGGUGCGUCUCUCCUUCCUGGGCUCACGGGUGUGGGAGGUGCUGGCGGACGCGUGGCUUGCGGCUUCGCCCAGGCCUCGUGCCAGCGCCACCGCAGUGCAGCAUACGCGGCGCAAGUGCAACCUCACUGACGCGCCGCAACUCGUCCAGUGA